AAAAGGCAAAGGCCUGGGUCCAGGUCAUUUAGAAGCUGUAUUUGGUGAUUGGCCCGGUAGUCAUGAAUUAUUCACGAUUUAUAACUGCAGUAAGUGCAGCAAGAAAGGCCUCUCCAAUCAGGCUCCUCACGGAACUGAUGCAGAGGUCUCCCCCAUCACUGAUUUCACUGGCUGGAGGGGCACCCAAUCCCAACACUUUUCCUUUCAAAGCAGCCAGCAUUAUUGUUGAAGAUGGAACAACCGUUGAAAUUGGGGAGGAGUCGAUGAAGAGAGCCCUCCAGUAUUCGGGCACAGCAGGCAUUCCAGAGUUGUUGCUGUGGCUGAAAGAUUUGCAGAAGAGUCUCCAUAACCCUCCAACAACUGACCGUAGACCUGAGGAAGGACAAAUGGAGAUAUGUGUCACCACCGGCAGCCAACAAGGCUUGUGUAAAGUGUUUGAGAUGCUUAUUAAUCCUGGAGACACUGUCCUUUUAGAUGCACCCAGCUACCCUGGGACGCUAGCAGCUCUGAGACCGUUGGGCUGUAACAUCAUCAGUGUUCCCAGUGACCAACAUGGUAUUAUUCCCAAAGGCCUGAAAGAAAUUCUUUCCAGAUGGAGUCCAGAAGGCACAAGGAAACUCAACAGCAACCUCCCCAAAUUUCUCUACACAAUUCCUAAUGGCAGCAAUCCCACUGGAACUUCAUUGACAGCAGACCGCAAGAAAGAGAUCUAUCAGCUUGCCAGGCAAUAUGAUUUCCUCAUAAUAGAAGAUGAUCCCUAUUACUUCCUUCAGUUUAGUAAGCCUUGGGCACCGACCUUUCUUUCAAUGGACGUUGAUGGCCGAGUUCUGCGGACCGACUCUUUCUCCAAGAUCCUCUCUUCUGGGUUAAGAAUAGGCUUUCUAACCGGUCCCAAACCUCUUGUUGACAGAGUUAUUCUACAUAUACAAGUCUCUACAAUGCAUGCCAGCACUUUCACUCAGCUUAUGAUAUACCAACUUCUUCAACAGUGGGGUCAAAAAGGUUUCUUUGACCAUGUAGACAGAGUGGUAGAAUUCUACAGGACACAGAGGGAUGUGAUGCUUACCGCAGCAGACAAGUGGCUAAAAGGCCUAGCGAACUGGCACUCCCCUGCCGCCGGAAUGUUUCUCUGGAUUAAAAUUAAAGGAAUUUCCGACACACAGCAUCUAAUAAUGGAAAAAGCUUUGGAGAAAGAAGUGCUACUAGUUCCUGGGCGAGCAUUUAACAUCGAUAGUUCUGAAACCAGUUCAUAUGUCAGAGCUUCCUUCUCAUUAUCAUCUCCAAGCCAGAUUGAUCAGGGUUUUCAAAGGCUGGCAGAGCUCAUCAAAGAAGCUAUAUGAUUUCACCAAGCAGAGAACCCUUAAGAAACCAGAACAAGCUUCAGUAGA